UAGUUUUACUGUAAAGUCAUGUCUGGCCGCGGUAAGCAAGGAGGCAAGGCCCGCGCCAAGGCCAAGUCGCGGUCGUCCCGCGCCGGCCUGCAGUUCCCGGUAGGGCGCGUGCACCGGCUGCUGCGCAAAGGCAACUACGCGGAGCGCGUGGGCGCGGGCGCGCCCGUGUACAUGGCGGCCGUGCUGGAGUACCUGACGGCCGAGAUCCUGGAGCUGGCGGGCAACGCGGCCCGCGACAACAAGAAGACGCGCAUCAUCCCGCGCCACCUGCAGCUGGCCAUCCGCAACGACGAGGAGCUCAACAAGCUGCUGGGCAAAGUGACGAUCGCGCAGGGCGGCGUCCUGCCCAACAUCCAGGCCGUACUGCUGCCCAAGAAGACCGAGAGCCACAAGACUAAGAGCAAGUGAAACUGACGUCAGCCCCAAAAAGGCUCUUUUUAGAGCCACCAA